UUGCUGAGGGUCCCCAAUUCCAAUUGUCGAGGAGCACCUGAGCGAGCGCGCCAUUGGGAGGUGUGUUGUAGCUUGCCAAUCUCUCCGACGAAACGAACAAUGCUGGCCUCCAGGACGGCAUUGAGGCGGGCGUUUGCCGCCUCGCCGGCCACGACGAUACCAGCCUUCCUUGUGCCAGCUCUUCAACAGCAGCAGCAGCAACCUCGCCAGUUCUCCUCGACGCCGACACGAAACUCCAAGCUCGGGCGGACGCCGGUCUCGAUCCCACCGGGCGUGAAGCUGGCUAUUAGCGAGCCGAAGCUGAAGAAGGAUCCGACGAGCUACUUGAAGGUUUACAAGAGGACGGUUACCGUUACGGGGCCUCUGGGAGAAUUGGAUCUCGAGAUCCCGCCUUUUCUGAAGAUUGAUUACGAUGUCGAGGGCAGCACGGCGGUUCUCAGCGUGGAGGACUCGAACAUCAAGGAGCAGAGCGAGAUGUGGGGCACGACAUGGGCCUACCUCCAGCGCUACAUCAUGGGCGUCUCCGAAGGCCACACGGCGAUCCUCCGCCUCGUCGGCAUCGGCUACCGCGCGAGCGUCGAGCAGCGCGGCCGCCUGGAAGAGUUCCCCGGACAGAAGUUCCUGUGUCUGAAGCUCGGCUUCACGCACCCGGUCGAGAUGGGGAUUCCGCGCGGCGUGAAAGUCACGGCGGCGAGCCCGACGCGUAUCCUGCUCGAGAGCAUCGACCGCGAGCUGAUGAUGAGCUUCGCGGGAAGAGUGCGCAAGUGGCGGCCGCCGGAACCGUAUAAGGGCAAGGGCGUGUUUAUCGAUGACCAGACGAUUAAGCUGAAGCAGAAGAAGAUCAAAUAG